AUGAGUGACAAUGACUUGAAAACACACCCGUUGGUCGUGUUGGUUUCUGAUAACGGAGGACCCUCACUGUCAGCGACUGUGUCUAUUGACGUAGUGGUGGUUGAAAGUACAGGUGAAAUCCAGACUCAAUACAGAAACGUACCGAGAAAAGAGGAGAGCUUCUCUGAUUUAAACCUGUAUUUGCUGAUCGCCAUUGCCUCGGUGUCCGUGAUAUUUUUACUGAGCCUCAUCAGUUUAAUAGCUGUAAAAUGCCACAGGACAGACGACAGUUUCAGCAGGUACAGCGCCCCAAUGAUCACCACACAUCCUGACGGGAGCUGGUCUUACUCUAAAUCUACUCAGCAGUAUGACGUGUGUUUCAGCUCAGACACAAUGAAGAGUGACGUAAUGGUUUUUCCCGCGCCAAAUCCACUUGCAGAUGCAGAACUGAUCAGUAUUAAUGGAAAUGACACGUUUAACAGUACUCAAACAUUACCCAACAAAGAGAAGGUAAGAGUAACAUGCUUCACGAAUGUGUAUAAAAAAAAUUAAACACAGAAAUCAGUUUCCAUCCCAUCCCUUUGCUAGCAAUGUGUAUGCUUUGGUGUGCUUCCCAAUGUAUAUCUAUGACGUUGUUCUUUGCUUUCUCUGUCUCCUUUAAGUAAUCAGUUAAAUAAUUGGGAACUUACUGCUUUAACAAGUUGCAAAAAUGUUCACAAGCCGCCCCCUAUCUAGAGGAUAAUGUGUCCGCUGUCCAUGGGGCUGAAACGCACCAAUUUGUGUGCUGUCCGCUUUUGCCAGGUUUUUUAUCCAAUGGAGGGCUUUGCUUGCCCUAGUAUAUUUAGUAGACCUUGUUAUAGUAAACAUAACUUACACAAGUGCACAGAUAAACACUGAACAAAAAUAUAAACGCAACAUGUGAAGUGUUGGUCACAUGUUUCAUGAGCUGAAACAAAAGAUCCCAGAAAUGUUCCAUAUGCACAAAAAGCUUAUUUCUCAAAAAUGUUGUGCACAAAUUUGUUUAUAUCCCUGUUAGUGAGCAUUUCUCCUUUGCCAAGAUAAUCCAUCCACCUGACAGGUGUGGCAUAUCAAGAAGCUGAUUAAACAGCAUGAUCAUUACACAGGUGCACCUUGUAUUGGGUACAAUAAAAGGCAAUUUUAAAAAUGUGCAAUUUUGUCACACAGCACAAUGCCACAGAUCUCUCAAGUUGUGAGGGAGCGUGCAAUUGGCAUGCUGACUACAUGAAUGUCCACCAGAUCUGUUGGCAGAGAAUUGGGGGGGGGGGGGGGGGCUUAUUGCUGAGGAGUAUUUCAGGGAAAAACUAAUUCGGAAUGGCUGGGCAUGGCUCCCAAGUGGGUGGGUCUAGGCCCUCCAAGGCCCACCCAUGGCUGCAACCAUGCCCAGUCAUGUGAAAUCCAUAGAUUAGUGCCUAACACAUUUAUUUCAAUUGACUGAUUUCUUUAUGUGAACUGUAAGUCAGUAAAAUCUUUGAAAUUGUUGCAUGUUGCGUUUAUAUUUUUGUUCAGAAUAGUAUAGUCAUCAUGCUUAGCUUGUGUUUGGGUGUCAUGUAAUUUAUUGUGAUUUUCUGAAGCUCAUACAUUUACCACUUGGCGUCACUGUUGACCAUGACAUUGAGAUAUAAUAUUUGGUCUCGAGACCCCUCCCAGUUUCAGAGGGAGAAGAGAUUUCUCGGGGCUUUGUUACAAAGAGAUGCAGGACGAGAGGGAGACUGGUCGGAGCGGAGUACACAUAGGUGUUAAGCGUGUUGAAAUUAAGCUGAAUUUGACACGUACAUUUUUUCGAUGCUUUGAUUGUUUGACGGAUAUUCUUCUCUUUGUAUCUAUGAUCGGCUCACUUUCGAUGGAAUUAUGCCUUUACUGAAUGGAAGGAUAUCUAUUGUGACGUAUUUAGUGCUUUUGCUGCUGGAAUGUUACUGGGAAGCGGUGUCCGGGCAGCUCUCCUACUCCGUCUCAGAGGAGGUAAACCCGGGGACUUCCGUGGGAAAUAUCGCUAAGGAUCUGAACCUCAAUAUCCAGGAUUUGGAGUCGCGUAUGUUUCAGAUUGUCACUGGGUCCAAGAGAAAGUAUUUCGAGGUAAAUCUAAAGACUGGUGUUCUCUAUGUGAAUGAGAGAAUAGACAGAGAGGAGCUCUGUGCAGAGGAUCUCAAAUGUAUAGUCAGUGUAGAGGCCGUAAUCAACAAUCCGUUGAAGCUUUACCGUUUAGAAAUGAAUAUUGUAGAUGUUAAUGAUAACGCUCCGUCAUUUAGUGCGAAAUCACAAACUAUAAACGUUGCUGA